GGGGGAGGAGCUAAGGAAGCUGCGUGGGCGUCGUUGGUUCUUUUCCAUCCCUUGGUUUCCCCGACCCUGCGCCACGCGGGCGUGGUGGCGGGCGUGCCGACGCCGUUUGACGUCACAAGGGGCGUGGCUGCCUGGUAGUCCACCGGCGCGCGGGCGCGUUCGGCAGUCGCAGUUUGGGACGCGGGGUGUGCGGUUGCAGUUUUCUUUCCCGUUUUGAUGUCACAGCAGAUCCCUUCUCCGAGUCCAGGAUAGACUGGGCGCGCGCCCGCGUGUGUGUGUGUGAGCGGGACUCAGGACAGAGGUGUCCCCUCACUGUCUUUUUUUUUUUUCUUCCUUUUAUCCAAAGAAGGCAGUUCUUACCUUUGCCUCCCGGUCGCCCAUUUGGGAGCCCGGCUGGCGUGCGGAGUGGUUCGGGUUUUCUUUUUGUUUUCUUUUUUUCUUUUUUUAAUUUUGAACUUGUGAGCGCUCCCCCCCUCCUUUUUACCCCCUCUUCCCCUCCCCCCAAUUUGGGCUCAGUGCCGCCAGCGCUGGUUUCCUUGAAUAACCGCAUUCUGCCCAUUCUCUGGCAACCCCAGCCUCAGUUUGUCCCUCCGCCCUCGCCCCUGGCCCGGGAGGGUGGGAAGCCUUGUCCCCGCCCUUCCCGUCCGCCUCUCUGCAGCGGUAGCCGCACCUGCUCAAUAUGAAUGGGGUCAACGACCCACCUCUUUUUAUAAAAGAUAUUAAGCCCGGACUGAAAAACUUAAAUGUCGUCUUUAUUGUCCUGGAGAUAGGACGCGUGACCAAAACCAAAGACGGCCAUGAAGUCAGAUCGUGCAAAGUAGCAGAUAAAACGGGCAGCAUCACUAUUUCCGUGUGGGAUGAGAUUGGAGGUCUCAUACAGCCAGGGGAUAUUAUUCGGUUGACCCGAGGAUACGCAUCCAUGUGGAAAGGAUGUCUGACACUUUAUACUGGAAGGGGUGGUGAACUUCAAAAAAUUGGAGAAUUUUGUAUGGUUUAUUCAGAAGUGCCAAAUUUCAGUGAGCCCAACCCAGAUUAUCGAGGACCGCAGAACAAAGGGGCACACAAUGAACAGAAGACUAAUUCCAUGAAUAGUAAUAUAGGUACAGGUACAUUUGGAUCAGUGGGAAAUAGCCUUCAAACUGGCCCUGAAUCAAGGGGAUACCAACUUUCAUAUGCUGGUGGAAGCAAUGUCCGGGGACCUAUCAAUAUACAGCUACCAGGAGCUGCUAAUAAUCAAACAGUCAUGACCACAAUAAGUAAUAGCAGGGACCCUCGGAGAGCCUUUAAAAGAUGACCUAUGCCAAAUAGUCACAUGUAGUUUUUAAACUACGUGCCCUACUUGAACACUUAGUGCACUUUUAUUUAUUGUUAACUGUGAAAAAUAUGUCCUUUAUUGGUUUCCUUUUACGUUUUUGGUUUGUUAAGAAGAGUGGUUUUUUUUAAUAGCAAAACUGUUAAGCUGCUCAAGUCUCCUGUUGAAUGGGAACACUGAAAAGUAGGGGCAUAUAUUUUUAGAGCAAAAAAGUUAUUGGAUAUCCUCUAAAAAUUGCACCCAUUUCAAGGGUGAGUUAUUUAAAACAUCAGCUUUAUAGCCUCUAUGAGUCUUCUGUAUGAAUUUUGUAAUAUUUCACAUAAGGCUUAAUGGGAGAUGUUCUUUGUCGUAAAUUCAGAUAUUGCCAACUAAAGCAAUAACCACCAAAAAAACCCCAAACAAAACAGAAACUUGGUCAAUGCCAGCAAUAGUUUUUGAGUGUUUGUUACUCCAAGAAUGAAUGAUUUUGUUGAGUGACUGCCAUUAAGAUUUCCCAAGAAACGAAUCAUCUUAAAUGAAUCAUCCUAAAUUGUUUCAUUACCAAAAAAGAUUAUCAGAAUUAUGGAACAGAAUGCAAUCUGUAUUGUAAUAUGUAAGUUUUAGAAGAAAGCUACUUUGCUUUAUUUUCAGAUAGUGCUCUUAACAUUUGUUAUUAUCGUGGAUUAUAUUGAAAGAAAAUUUUAAAAGAGGCCUUGAAUAUUUAUUUUUGAAUCUACCAUGUUAAAUAUUGAGAAGUUUAAUUUGAGAGAGUUAUAAAGUCAUAAUAAACAUUGAUCUAAUUAUUUUUAAAAAUAAUUUUGGUGAACAUAGUGAAGGUGAUUCAAAUUGAAUUCAUAUAUUAAUAUGCAGUCUUUAAGUUAUAGAUCCUAGGUAUUUACAGGUACUCAGCCUGAACUGAAAAUCCUAGGUGGUACUUCAAUUUGAAGUUUGUGUGUAUUGUCAAAAGUUUCUGAACACAAUUCACAUAGCCUUAUUAAAUAGCAAAAGUUAAAUGACAAAGAAGUGAUUACAGCUUUAUUUAGAAACGUUAAGGUGGAAUUUAUUUAUGUGUCAUAAAUGGUACCCAUUUCUACUUUUUACUGUAGGGUGGUUAACUGGCAAAUUUUUCUUUUGUUUAGAAUUUACGUCUUCUUAAAUAUUUAUCUCUUGAAUAAAACUUGCGUUAAUGUUAA